GAUUAAUAAUAAAAAUUCGUUUCCGUAUUGAUAAGGUAUUGAUUCCUUUUAUUCAAUUUUGUGCUCAUUUGUCUCUUUCAUUUUUCUCCGCAUUAAUUGGGUUUGUGCUCGAUGGGACGAAGUUCGAGCCGAUCUCGCUCACCAUCACCUCACAGGAGAAAGCAUAGAAGCAAAUCCAGAGAAAGAGACCGAGAUAGGAGACGACGUCCCUCUCCGAAGCGAAGGUCUAUUGAUCGUGAAAGAGAUCGGGGCCGCGACAGAGACCGUGAAAGGGAAAGAGACCGCGACAGACUCAGCAGGAAACACUACUCCAGAUCCAGAUCAAGGUCACCUGUUCGGAGCAAAAAGUAUGAAAGACCUACUGUCUCCACGGCUGACUUACAGAAUAAGACAAACGAUGAACAAGAAAUGCUAAAAGUCAUGGGAUUCUGCACUUUUGACACAACGAAAGGAAAACAAGUUGAGGGCAAUGAUGCUGGAGCUGUGCACGUCAUACUGAAGCGGAAGUAUCGUCAGUACAUGAAUCGGAAAGGUGGAUUCAAUAGGCCUCUCGACUUUGUGGCCUAAUUCUGUUUUGACGAGCAUCACAUACAGAUCAUUAAUUCCAUCAAUUAAUCUCAUUCAUAGGAACUGUAAUCUGCUUUCCUGGUCUCAGUUCUUGUAAAUAUGUAACAGUUAUCAUUAUAUAAAAUGUAUAUUUGUCUCUAAUUAGAAGUUAGUCACAGAUAUGUAUAAAGUUAAGAUUUUUUUCAAAUCGGCUCUAUUGCAACAUCCACCCAAAGGGCAGGAUGACUUGCCAUACGAAAAACAAAUAUUACAGAGAUGAAAGCCAGCUAAUCUUGAGUAAAUUGCUAAUGAAGAGAAAAUAAAAAAAAAAGAAAAAUGCUGAAGGCUAUAAAAAUACUAAGUACAUCUAAGAGUUGAAAUAGAAUACUCCAAUUCCAAAAUAAAGAAAGAAAUAAUUUUCCACUCUCUCCAAAAGGUUUUUUACCUUAAAAGACCCUACUGUUAUUUUUCAUCAAUUUUCUUUAAUUUCAGUAGAAUUUUCUCUUGAAAUACUUCAAGAAUGUUUCGAACUGAAAACUUUCAAGACUCAUAUGAAAUAAUAAAAUAUUUUUAGGUACGGGUAAAAAUAAAAUAUCCUCCAACUUCUAAUCAAUCUUUGAUCAACACUUUGAAUUCAUAUGUUCUUAUUAAUUGUGACAUCUGAUUGUCAAGAGGGCCUCAAGAAUUAUGCUAUUAGAAAUGGAAGUCCCUUUUCUCAUCAUUUUUUUAGGAUUUUUGAAUCAUCUUUGGGAUCAGUGUAUUAUCUGAUAACAUCGAUAAUUUUUUUAAACAAUAAAAUUUUGUGAAAACUUCCAAUUAACCAAUGAAAACAAUAAAAUAAAAGCCGUUGAUGAAAA